AUGCACGGACAGUCCUCCGUUAUCAGCGUUCUGCUAUCGAUGGGAGCUGCAGUAAACGCUGCGGACGGAUGUGGUCGUACGCCUCUUUGCUGGGCAGCCAUACGUGGCCACGCUGGUGCUGUGGAUGUGCUCUUGGGCGUCGACGGGGUCGAAGUAGAUACGCAAGACAUGUACCUUCGGACGCCGUUGAUCUGGGCGGCUCACAAUGGUCACUCCUCAGUGGUCAAAUUACUCAUGCCCAGAGUCAAUCUGGAUGCCAAAGACAAGGAUGGUCAGACGGCUCUUUCGAUAGCUACUAUCAUGGGACAUCUUGACGUCAACCUUACACUCUAUGAUGUUGGAAAGGAUGUGAAGCGAUUAUGUGACGGAUGA